UGCCAAACUGCUGUCAGUGAAGACUGAGAGUCAGAAAAGCCAGAUGGCCUGAUGAAGAGUGCCCGGAGGAGUCAUCCGCAUCCGCGUUCUGGUGUAACAAGUGUGACGAAUGAGGUUGGAGAAUCAGCCAGCGUUCGCUCACACACCCCAGAGUGUCUCAAAGCAACAGACCAGCCAACUGCACGCGCCAUUGCUAAUGAGUUCCCAUUAAACCACUCUGGAAAAAGCUCGGAGUCUCUCAGUUCCAGUGGCUCAGUCUCAGCGCACAGCGCACGGAGCCCAAGUGUCCAACACCGAACCCUGCCGUAUUCAGCCCUCCGCGAGGCAGCGAGAAGCCCAGCCCUGGAUUCAAUACUUUUAAUCAAUGGACAGAGCCCUCUCAACGGCCAACCGAGGUACCGACACGCCAUAAGCAGUCCUUAUCCUCUGGCUUGUAUUCCCUCUGUAGUGUGGAGGGGGAUGGAGCGUUGCGGAGGAGAGAGCCCUCGUCUGCGGGAGAGCCCCGAGCGACGUGGGAGCAGCAGUCCUGAUAUCGGUGGCCCCCCACCAAAGAUGGGCCGUCUGGAACUCAAUGGCAGUCCUACAGGUCACCGCAGUCGCCACAAUGGGGCCUCACAGAGACCUCUCAGCGGUCUGAUGAUUCCAGUCUUCUGCGUGGUGGAGCAGAUGGAUGGAGGGAUGAUAUCAGAUGGAGAGAGCCGGGAGGAACAUGCCGAGUUUGUGCUGGUCAGGAAGGACAUCCUUUUCACUCAGCUUGUUGAGACUGCACUUCUCGCCCUUGGCUACUCCCAUAGUUCUGCAGCCCAGGCACACGGCAUCAUUAAGGUGGGCCGCUGGAACCCCCUGCCCAUCCAUUACCUGACAGAUGCUCCAGAGGCAACGGUUGCUGAUAUGUUGCUGGACGUUUACCACAUGGUCACGCUACGCAUCCAGCUACAGAGCUUUGCAAAACUGGAGGACCUCCCAUCAGAACAGUGGAACCACGCUACAGUACGCAACGCCCUCAAAGAACUGCUCAAAGAGAUGAACCAGAGCACCCUGGCCAAAGAAUGUCCACUCUCACAGAGUAUGAUCUCCUCGAUAGUGAAUAGUUCCUACUAUGCUAACGUCUCAACUGCAAAAUGCCAAGAGUUUGGUCGCUGGUACAAGAAGUACAAAAAAAUUAAAGGGGAUUAUUUGUGGCAAGGGCGGGAGAGCUCGGAAAUCAAGGUUGAAAGGGACAGUCUUGCUGACUUCUGUGUAUUAGCCCAGCGUCCGCCCCCUCACCUGGCUGGUCUAGCACAGCUCGGUCCGUUGAACAGCACCAGCUCUCUUGUGAAAGGUGGCUCUGGAGAACCUCAGAAUUCAGCCCAGUCUCAGCCUCCAUCCCAAGGCCAGCCGCAAGUUUCAUCAUCUCAUGGGCAGCUCCACCACAGUCCUCCACUACGGGCACAGGUGCCUCCUCCACCUCCGCCUGCCACCUUGCAACCUCUUUUGGCACCCGGAGGACUUCUCUCACCCCAGCUCAGUCCACAGCUGGUGAGACAGCAGUUAGCCAUGGCCCAUCUUAUCAACCAGCAGCUGGCCGUCAGCCGCCUCCUGCAUCAGCACCCGCAGGCUCUUAACCAGCAGUUUCUCAAUCACCCACCCAUCCCGCGGCCUAGCAAGUCUGGUGGCCCUGGAGAACCCGGGUCCAACCCCUCGGCUGCAGAAGUCUCAUCUGAUAUCUACCAACUGGUGCGAGAUGAGCUAAAAAGGGCCAGUGUCUCGCAGGCAGUGUUCGCUCGAGUUGCCUUCAACCGUACACAGGGCCUGUUGUCAGAGAUCUUGCGAAAAGAGGAAGACCCACGCUCAGCCUCUCAGUCCUUGCUGGUGAACCUCAAAGCGAUGCAGAACUUCCUGAACUUACAUGAGAGCGAGAGGGACCGCAUUUACCAGGAAGAGCGAGAACGCAGCAUGAACCCCCCUGUGAGUCUGCCCCCAAGCACAAACCCCAGCCCUGGGGGCGUCCGCAUCUCUCAGAAAGUGUGGGAGCGCAGCAUCGAUGAACAGUUAACUCCUGACGCGUGGGCAUCUAUUUGGAAGAAUAAGACCAAAAUCACAAACUCGUCCAAGACUUGUGGUCCUAACCCUGACCUUCCCCUGAAACUGGAGCCGCUGGUUAACAUCACCUCAGCCGUCUACGAUGAAAUCCAGCAAGAGAUGAAACGGGCAAAAGUGUCUCAGGCACUUUUUGCCAAGGUGGCAGCCAAUAAGAGCCAAGGAUGGCUAUGCGAGCUGCUUCGCUGGAAAGAGAGUCCCAGCCCAGAGAACAGGACUCUCUGGGAGAACCUGUGUACCAUCAGGAGGUUUCUGAGCCUUCCGCAGACAGACAGGGAUCUAGUGUACGAAGAAGAGUCCCGCCAUCACCACAGCGAACGGCUGCACACUGUACUACACUUGCCCACUGACCCUCAGGCACUUCACAGACAGCCCAUGCAGCCGCUAAAGGACCACUCUCCAAUCCGAGAGGACCCUGUUCCCAGUUCUGGAGCCGAAGAGAACCCUCAGGCUAAUGCAGGUUCAGGCAACAGUGGAGGGGUUAGCAACAUUACCAAGAAACCUCGCUCCCGCACCAAGAUCUCUCUAGAGGCUCUAGGCAUUUUACAGAGCUUUAUCCAAGAUGUGGGCCUCUACCCUGACCAAGAAGCGAUUCACACCCUUUCAGCCCAAUUGGAUCUGCCCAAACACACUAUCGUUAAGUUUUUCCAGAAUCAGCGCUAUCAUGUGAAGCAUCAUGGCCGACUGAAGGAGCUUGGAUCUGAGGGUGGCGGUGUAGACGUGUCCGAAUACCGCGAUGAGGAGCUGCUCUCCAGUUCAGAGGAUGCAGAGUCCAGUGAAGAUGGGCACGAGGAGAUCUACGGUGGGCAUGAGAGUGUGCCGGCCGGAGGGGCCAACUCUGUCUCAACUCCAGCUGUUUCUUCUGGCCAAGAUGAGAAUAAAGACAAAGGCCUGCCUCUGGGGUCAGCCAGACCCAGCUCCCUGCCCCCAUGUGGUUCAUCCUCAAGUCCCCGAGAUCAGGCAGAAUAUCAGAGAUAAAACAGCCUCCACAAAGACUAUACUGUAGGUGGGUAGAGGCGAGGAGUGAGCACUUACAACUAUUCUGUAGGAGAGGAGAGUGCUGCGGAUAGAUUAGAAAUUUACUGACAAAGACAGCGUGUCCUCUGAGGACCAAAUCAAACAAGAUCUGCAUUUUGAUUAAGGAGGUAUGUAAAGUGUUGAUGUAGAAAAAUUAGUUGUGAGCUACUCCUGGCCUCAUACCUCACUAGUUACUUACAGGGAUGUGAUGGUACAGAAGCUACAGUAUCCCUACAGUGUGCUACAAGGAAAGUAUUUGGCGUGCUGGAAAGCUUUCAUUUCCUAGAUGUAAAUCGUCAAAUUACGGCAGGUUUCAAGAUGGCUGCCUUAACCCCAUGUUGUCACAAGCAUUCAAACUUGCAUGCUAAGAAUGUCAAGAAGGCCAGUCUUUCACCAAGUAUUUCAUUUCUAAUCAGAAAGCAGAGGAGCUAUUAUAAGAUACCACUAUCCAUGACCCCUCUUCACCUCUACAGGGUUAAAAUGGCAGGGACAGAGCUUUAGAUGAGCCAUGGAUCUCCUAUAGGACACCAACAACUUUACUCCUUCCCGAUCAGGGAGUCUAGUGGGCGGCUGUGGCUGUCCUCUUCUUCCCCUCCAUGAUGGGGCAUUCUGUCGGUCGCCAACGGAGGGCCGUGCUUGACUGCUAAAGCAGUCAGUUGGGUUGGAGGUACAGAUGAGCUCUUGGGUGUACACAUCAGCCCAGCCCAGGAUCCCUACUAUAAACAUGUGGUGUGCUGAAAGGUCUACAGUUAGCGCAAUGGUGCUUUUGAAGACCGCGCCAUCCCUCCCACAACCAGCCACAACGAUCAUUCCAAGCAGUCCCACACAGUUCAAGAAAUCCCUCCUUUACCCCCACCACCUAUGCACACCCAACACAGACUGCGCACAACAUCACUAAUCCGUAAGAUUUAUACAGAUCUGUUUAAACUGUUGGUUUCAUUACAGUUUUGCUCUCUCAGAGACAGAGAGAAUAAAACGUAAUAGGCAGAUGGACUGACUGCUAUUGACAGAAGGACAAUGUUGAGGGUGUAGUCUAACUGCAUCUGCUUCUGACCUAGUGGAGAAAAAUGAACCAUUUCAAGCAAAUGCGCUUGUGAGAAAGUGCGGUAGUCCUUCUCUCUUCAGUCACCUCCCACGGCUCUCUCUUUUACUGACUAUUGCCCACAGUGUCCUGAUUUGACCACACUUAGCCACACCCAUCUCCACAGCACUAUUUAUUGCUAUUUUCACCCUCAAUUAUUAUUGUUGUUAUUGUUAUUAUUGUUAUUAUGGUUGUUCUAUUUUCAUGGUCUAAUAUCAGCUCUUGGCUUGCAGCAGAUGUUUUGGUGAUGAUAGACAUUGUGAAAGAAAGAAACACUGCCAAAACACAGAGGAAAGAAUUAGAAGCAGUUACUGAGUGAAUCAUGUGAUAUAUACUGUCAAUUCUAUCAGCAUUAUGUACUUUUCCAAAGAGAACAGCACUUGGCAGAUGAGGCGUUAAAUAUUAAAACAAUAGAAUUAAGAGGAAUCGUUGGAAUUUCUAUGAUCUUUUUGUGCAUAAGAUGACAAUCCUUCUUUUGAGCCAAUCAGAACUCAGCAAGCAUGAACUCUGCAUUCUGAUUGAAAGUUUGAUCAGUGUAACUUGAGGCAACAUGGCCACCUGUUGCAAAUUGUCCAUGACACCAUGGCAAAACACUUGGAUCCAGGGUUCUGAUUUGUUUUUAAAAAAUCAGCUGCUACUUGCUCUUUCACAGAUAAUAGACAAAAUAUUGUUGUUAACCAUAUGCUAACCCUUAAACUGUUUUUGUUUUAAACAAGUGAUAAUUGUGGUCUAUGUC